CAUCGCAUAAAGCAAAUAGCCUGUGAUACCUAUGAGCCCGCCGGCUUCUACACCUCAACAAGAAGUUCAAUCGACGCCAUCGACAAGAAGAGCAGCUUGAACAAUCCCUGACCUUCAAAUUCCGUUCCUCCAAAAAUGUCUUCUGCACUCCGACCUGUUCUCCGGCCUGGCCAGCUACCCAGUCUACCUUCUGCCACCACAUCAACGACGUACAUUUGCCAGUCGUGUAGGCAUGCAAGACUUCUCAAGAGACCCAAGCGACCCUACACCUUCACCCAGCUCGUGACGCUCUCGGACGGAAGCGCCUUCACCAUGCGAACCACAUCCCCGACCCCAGUUUACAGAUCUACACGGGACACGAGAAAUUCACCUUUGUGGCAUCCCACUUCGAAGGAGCUAUUGAGCGUGGAGGAGGAUGAAGCUGGACGACUGGCAGGUUUCCGAGCGAGGUUCGGUACAAGCUUUGACAGCGCGAAGGGGACAAGAAAGGGACAGGACGCAGCAGCAGCAGAAGAACAACAACAACAACAGCAGGCCGAUGCGGCAGUGAAACCUGUUGCGGAGGUCAAAUCAGCAAAAGAGAUCAAGUUCGAGGACGAGCACAACGAAUUUGAGCAGGAUGAUUUCAACAUUCUGGACAUGAUAAGCUCCUUUGGCCAGAAGAACCCGUCGGAGGACAAAGGGUCCUCGGGCAAGAAGGGUGGAAAGAAAUAGCGGCGCCCAGGUGGUUCUGUGUCAGCUGCUUUACAUGUACAGUAUAGGUGUCACAAUAUUUAGCCGAAAGCGUUCUACUUGUAUAGGUGGGCCAUCUGAGAAAGAAACCCAGUGUUCAAGCCCAUCACCAUGGUUUUCUUAAGCUUCGUAGGUUCGGGGGUAUUCAUUAUAUGGGACGUCGGUCGC